AUGAGCUCCAUAGAUAACAAAGACCGCAUCCAGGAGAUUCAACUGGAGCUGGAGGAGUGGUACGCUGAAGUGAAAACCCAUGAAGUGGACCCUAUCACGAAUCCACAAUCUCUGUAUGCCUCUGGGAAAUGGUUUCAGCUUGAGUAUCUCCGCGCUCUACUUCUUUUACACCGCCACUGUCUCACGCCAGACCGCUCGUCUGCUCUAGGACUCGAAACGCAGCUUGAGAUUGAAGAUUCUAUGGAAACUUGCGCCAAUGUUUCCUCGAAGCUCUGUUUCCUGUUCAGAGAAGUACACGAAGGGACAGCUGUCCAAAUCACUUGGAGCAUGGUGCAUGUGCUGUUUUCAGCAGGUCUUACCUAUCUUGGGUGUCUGUGGAAGUCGAAGCGAGUUCGCGAAAAAGCUCAAGAGAUGUACAUUUCGGCAACUUUUGAAGCGUGCCUCAAAGUCCUCGCCAUCGCAGAGGACUGGCAUCCUGAGUCUCCAUACCGCCAGAUCUUUGAGAAACUGGCACAACAUACGAUGAAGAUGGUUUCUGGAGGCGAUGUCGAUCCUUCAUUCCGGCAUCCUCCAAAUAUUGGAGCCGUCAAUGAAGCUUUCCAGGAUGAGAAUUGGUUCACUUUGGGAGAAGAUAUGGAUCCGAUUGCACUUCAGGACUGGGACAAUUGGCUUGCUGACGCAACACAUUGA